AUGUCAAAGUUUUACGACGAACUACAUACAAAUCGUAAAAAUUUGGCUAAAAAUACUAAUUUUUUGUCUGAUGAACGAUAUAAUGAGUUGAUAGAAAUUAUUUUAGAACUUACAGCUGGACGUAAGAAAAAACAGCCUAAAGACUUCCGUUUAAUUAAAAGGUAUGACGUGCUGGUUGUACAAGGAAAAACUAAACUUAUAUUUCCUGUAAAAGAUGACAAUGUUGUGCUGUAUUAUGUGCCCAACAGUGAGCUGUUUGAUGUUUUACAAACCACACACGUGUCAAUAGGACACGGUAGGCGUGCCAAGGAAAAUCUUGAAAAUCAAGCGAAAAAAAUGAUGGCGUGGUCGGAGAAGAAGCUAUUGCCGGUGGCAGUUCAUUCAACUGUACGUGUUCCAGUUCCUGAGGUAGAUAAAGGACGUUUGGACGCACGAAGUAUACUGGCAAUUGUUUUAGAGGUGACAAGUGAUGGUUUUUAUCGAUUAGGAACUCGGGAUGGAGUUCUGAAGCAGUUAUACGCCAGAAGUCAGUUCACAGUAUGUCAGAAAAAGCUACUACAAAUUUACGAGGUUCCAAUAGACACAGAAGUGGCGUUACGAACAGUCUCAAAGGAACAGUCGACAGGAACUGGCCAAGGAUUUUUAAAAUGUAUUUGUAAGACCAAGUGUCAAAAUAAAAAGUGCAUUUGCCUUAAAAAUAAUGUUUUGUACACUUCAAAAUGCCAUUUUUGUACAACAUGUUGUAAUAAGUAGCUAGUAGCUUAAGUAAAAUGUAUAAAUAAUAGUACAUAAUAUAACAAUAAUAUUAAA